AUGACCGCUAUGAACGAAGCUCAGCUCACCAAGCUGAAGCGGCCAGAGCUCCAGAAGCUCGCGAAGAUACACGGGGUGAAGGCGAACCUCAAGACCGAUGCAAUCAUUGCGCAGCUGUUGGAGCGUUUCCCCGGUGGAAUUCCGUCCAGCGAUGUGGCCGAGGCGAACCACUCUACAGAUGGUCCUCCCACUGAACAGCCCGCAGAGAAGGCGGAUUCGAACGCUAAUCCCAAACCGAAAGGAAGAAAGAUCGCUGGGAUGAAGAAACGACCGCAGCCCAAGGUGAAUCCGCCUAAGGUGGCUGUUGCCGUUGAACAAGAGCCGGCCGCGCCGGUCUCCGGUCCCCCAGUGAAGAAGACCAAGGCGAAUCCACGGAUACAGCCUGACAAUGCACUCGGGCUGGUUGAGGAAUCUUCUAGUGCCGCUCGUGUCGUCCCGAAGUCGAUCAAGAUGACCAUAAAGGUCCCAGCAAUGACUCCGAAAUCGGCAGCAGCCGUCAAAGGCGCGAACGCUACGCGUCGUUCACCACCUCAAGCCGCUGCCUCGAGCGUUUGCACCCGAACGGAUGCUGAAAAAGACGAUACACAGGUUCCAGAGAUACCCGAAGGGCUAGGGCCCAUGUAUUCCAUUUCGACCGGAAUCCCUGGCUCCACUAAACAACGAGUGAUCAUGGCUUACCAACGGCAUAUGGUCCCGAACCUGUCCGAAGCCGUUUCCCGUGCGAUUAACGGUCCCACCCCCCUUGAUCCCGCCAGGAUCACGUACGACCCCCCUGAGAGCGACGCGACGUUCGACAAGUCUACGUCCACCAACCACCCAGUGUUCACCUUCCCUUCUCAUGCACCCACCGACCACACGAUUGUGUACACGCCCUCUACGCCGCCCCGCAGCCGCGCCCCCGGCGCCGCCGAGCGCCCACCGCCCACCGCCCCGCUUCUCGCUCCGCCAGCCGUGCUUGAGCCGCCGCGCGGCUCCGCGGCAGACACUGAGGUAGUGGUUCGCAAGAUGGCCGACAUCUCCGCGGAGCACAAGAAGUUCUGGCCGGAAGUGCUCGCGUACGGCGCGAAGGCGACCACGCUCGCGAGCUCUGUCCCCAACUUGCGCAAACUGGUGCGACAGGAGCGCGCAGAACGCCUGCGCAUGCACGACUACCUCGCGUACUGGCACGCAGUCACGCCGGGCUGGACAGAUGACGAGAUCUGGUGCGAGGCGAACCCGACGCGCAUCGACGAAUCGGGGCGCGAGGUCGAGGUGUUGUCCGACGAGGAGGACCCGGUCAUUCGCCAACAGUUCCGUCGUGUCACUGGUGCGAAGGCCACCGAGAUCCUGAUGCGCCGUCGUGCGUAUCGCCGUGACUCUGAUGAGGAGGUAACACGUAUUUCUGAGGUGUUUGAGCUGACGGCAGAGCGCAAAUUGGUGCUUCCCGGAUCGGGAAGCAAGAAGCGUCGCUGCACACCCAUGGAUGAAGUCCCGGCAGGGAAACGGCAGAGCAAGAGGGCGCGUGGGGCGGAUACACCUGCGAAGGCUGCCGGGACGGUACCCGCUGCCUCUAUCCCGCCCCUAGGUGCCAUCACGGAGGACUGCGAGAUGUCAGACUAG